CCGUUCAUUCGCCAUACGAGAGCAAUAGGAAGAAGUGAAACAGACAUAAAGAAACUGUCGUUGGCUUAAGUUGUCUCCGAAUAAUGUACAGUGCUACACAGAUCGGGCUGGCCCUAGCAUCGGUUUUCUCUUGGAUUCUAUUCAGUGAUACUCCCAAUGAUCCUGAGGGGUACGUACAGGAUGCCUCGAAUAUUCGAACUGAGUAUGACUUCGUCAUCAUUGGAGCGGGAUCAGCCGGAGCUGUGAUCGCUAAUCGAUUAUCCGAAAUAGCCGAUUGGAACAUUUUACUCCUAGAAGCGGGUGGCGAUGAAAGUAUGUCUGGGCAAAUUCCAGCAAAUGCAUUUGGUUUGCAGUUGACGAACGUGAAUUGGCACUACGAGACGCAGCCGCAAACCAAUGCAUGCCAGGGUUCUUUGAACAAGCGGUGUAAUAUACCGCGAGGCAAAAUGCUAGGUGGAAGUUCUUCUAUCAACUCAAUGUUAUACGUUCGUGGAAACAAACGGGAUUAUGAUAAGUGGGAAACCGAUGGAAAUACCGGAUGGGGCUAUGACGAUGUUUUGCCAUAUUUCCUAAAAUCGGAAGAUAAUCAAAAUCCAUAUCUUGCCGGAAGUAAAUAUCACAGCAAAGGUGGUUUAUUGACAGUAGGAGAGUCUGAGUUUCGUACUCCGUUAGGAACGGCAUUCGUUCAGGGUGGAGUUGAAAUGGGAUACGAACAUCGUGAUUAUAAUGGUGAAAAUCAAACAGGUUUUGCUUUUUCUCAGGGAACAGUACGCCGGGGAAGUCGAUGUUCCACGUCCAAGGCAUUUUUGCGUCCGGCACGCAAUCGGAAAAAUCUCCACAUCUCAAUGCAUUCGCGUGUUACAAAGAUUAUUAUCGAUCCGACCACAAAAGCCGCAAAAGGAGUGCGAUUCGAAAAGAAUGGGCAAAUUUACCAAGUCCGAGCUACCAAAGAAGUUGUUCUUUCGGCCGGAGCAAUAGCAUCUCCACAGAUUUUGAUGUUGAGUGGAGUGGGUCCAGCAGCUCACCUGACUGAGAAAGGCAUCACGCCUAUUUUAGAUCAGCCCAACGUUGGCAAAAACCUAAACGAUCAUGUCGGCCUCAUUGGAAUGGUUUUCCUUAUUGAUAAACCAUAUUCUCUUCUAACGACAAGGCUUAUCAAUGCUCCAACAUUAGUUAGUUAUGCUUUGUUUAGAGGGACACCUCUUUCUAUAAUAAGCGGUGUUGAAGCCCUGGCAUUUGUCAAAUCGAAAUACGCUGACGUUGACGAUGAUUGGCCUGAUGUCCAAUUGCAUUUUGGUCCCGGCAGUGAUAUCUCUGACGAUGGUGCCGUAAAUCGACGCAUCCACGGUUACACCGAUGAAGUGUGGAACGCGUAUUACAAGCCAAUCCUCAACAGAGAUAGCUUUACCAUUCUGCCUUUAUUUCUGCGACCAAAAUCAAGAGGAACCAUUUUGCUCAAUUCCAAAGAUCCUUAUGACAAACCUCUCAUCGAUCCAAACUACUUUAGCGAUCCAGAUGAUUUGAAAAUCACUGUCGAAUCUGUCAAGAUUGCUUUGGCUCUGACCAAAACGGAUGCUUUCAAGGAACUGGGAUCGAGGUUGCACGAUACACCUUUCCCCGGAUGCGAAAAUCAACCAUUAUGGACGGACGCGUAUUGGGAAUGCUGGAUCAAGAGUUCAUCUUUUACAUUGGGUCAUUCGGUUGGCACUUGUAAAAUGGGACCCGACAGUGACCCAACAGCUGUUGUUACUCCGCAAUUGAAAUUUAGAGGCAUCAAAAACCUCCGUGUUGCGGAUACAUCGAUCAUGCCAUCGUUGCCAAGUGGCAAUACCAACGCACCAACAAUUAUGGUUGGAGAAAAGGCGUCUGAUUUGAUAAAAAAGACGUGGUUGUAAAAAAAAAUUGUAUUUAACGAAUUCAACAGCAUUUUAGUUGUUGCUUAUUUGAGGUAUUCAAUUAAUAAAUUAAGUCAUCUCUCUUAACAAUGUUCAGUCGUGUGGGUUACCUGGAAUUUCACGUGCAAAUGACUUGAAAACGUUUUGUGUAGCAAGGCUGUAUCGCAAUGCUGUUGAAAGAUGGGCAUUCUUGGCACGGUAAAGUAACGGGACUGUCAUUAGUAAUGCGCUGAGAGUUCUUUUAACCGUCCCGACAUAAGGAAAAACCUUUUCUUUGCCUCUCGUUUUGCGUAUUUCCUUUCCUCUUGGCCGUAUCUCAGAUGAUUUACCAUUUCAGGAUGAGGUGACCUUCAACAUGCACCUACGGCUUUCAUCUACAGCCAAGAGCAUGGACAGUUGAGCCAUUGUCUUCUUACGGGAACUCUUUGAAUUUCUCUGACAUACCGGCAAAAGGAAAGAAGCGCCCGUUGAGAACAGUCGGACUGAUACAAUGUUUCUGG